AACAUAUUCUAAAUGGCACCACUGUAUAUAACUGAUAAUAACAAAAAAACAGUAUUAUCUUUAAUAUUAUCAUCUUUGAAAAACCGAAUUCUUUGACUUUAACUUACCACAGAAUUUAUUCCGGCCUAAACUGAUUAGUGAUUAGUGAGUAGUAAUUCGAUUAUUUUAAAAAUUAAUGGCUUCUGUAAGAAUUGUUUCAAGAAUAAUUAAAGAACGUGAGGAUCUAAUUUUUGUUUUUCUGUGUUGAGUAAUUAAUUAAUUUUGUACAAUGUUAUAAACAGCUUUACUAUCGUUGGCAGAUAAAAUCAUUAAUAAUGUUCAAGUUCAAUUUUAAUGCAGAUAACUUGGAUGAGUCUGUAUCUAAUGAAAAUGAACAUCAAAUAGUCAAAACAGAAGAGUUAAUUAAUCCUUACACAUUAACUACUUUACCAUUUACAGAAUUGAUUAUUGGAGAUAAGUCUUUAAAACUGAUUCAUGAAUUUCCCAAUACUUACAAUUCGGAUCUCAUUCCUGGUACUUAUGAAGGAGGUUUUAAACUUUGGGAAUGUACUCUUGACCUCUUAGAAUAUCUAAAUAAAAACACUAUAUAUUGUAAAGAAAAAUCAGUCUUGGAUUUAGGCUGUGGUACUGGCCUUUUAGGUAUUUUUACAUUGAUCUCUGGAGCUCGGAAUGUUGACUUUCAAGAUUUUAAUAAAGAAGUAUUAACCAAUACAACUAUGAAUAACGUAUUAGUAAAUUGUAAAGAAAGAUUAAAUAAUUGCAAGUACUAUUCAGGUGAUUGGAAAUCAUUUACUACAUUUAAAGAAGACAAAUAUGAUCUAAUUUUAACAUCAGAAACUAUUUAUAAUGUGAACAAUUAUGCAAAGCUUAUUAAUUUAUUUGAAAAAAAAUUAAAACCAUCAGGAAGUAUUUUAUUAAUUGCUAAAAAUUAUUAUUUUGGUGUAGGUGGUUCAAUUAUUGAGUUUUUAAAUUAUUUAAAAUCUUCUAAACUGAAUGCUGAUAUUCUUUGGACUAGUACAGAUGGAGUAAAAAAAACUUUGCUCAAUAUACAUUUUUAAUUGUAAUAGUUUUUGUUCAUAAAUAAUAUAAAA